UCGGAGGCCGAGUAGGACUUGGGAAUCUGGGUUCUAAGCUUGCCCUUCUGGUGUGGUGUGGCCUCCUCGUCUAGGCCUCAUUUUUCCCCGCGUGGGUAGUGGGGACUGGCCGUGAUUCCUGGAGCCCAAGGGGGCCUCCAGGGAACUCUCCAACUCGGGAAGAGGGUGGAGCCGCACCCCGGAGGGGCCGCUUCGCGCAUGGGUUUCAAGGACCACUCCCGGCCCCGCCCCACGAUGACCCCCCACAUCCUUCUGUUGCUUCUCGCCUCCACGGUCCUGGGGGACCGGGACCCCGUGGGCAGGCAGCCCCAGCAUCAGGUCGCCCAGCACCGCAGGCGCUUCUGUUCUCUGGUCACAUGCCAGACCCACCGCCUGCCAGAGAUGAUCUACUGGCUCAGCUCCGCCUCCACCAAGGAGCUCUCAGGGAAGGCCGGCCGCGAGCCCCAGGACCCACACAGCUACGGGCGCCGCCGUCGGCGCGAGGCCAGAGCCCUGCUCCGUCUCCAGGACCCUGGCCUGAAGAAAAGAGGCCAGCGCAGUGCCUAG